GCUGCUGAGAGCACAGCCCAAACAGUAGAGAAAGAGGGAAGGAAAAAAGCAAGAUAAAGACAUAGCAGAGUACCACCAGCAUUGCUCAGCACAGGAAAUAUCUGAUUCAACACAGUGUCUUUAGAAGAAAAACAAGAGACAGAAUGACUCUUGCAGCAUACAGAGACAAGAUGCGGGAGCUCCCUCUAGCGUCCAUCUUCUGUUCCUGCAUCCUACAUGAACCCAAAGAAAAGCCCACCAAGAAAGAAGGUGUGGUGGACCUGAACCUGUGCAUCAUCAGGGAUAUGGAGGUGAUUGAGCUGAACAAGAGAAGGUCCGGCCAGGCCUUUGAGGUCAUACUGAAGCCACCCUCAUUCGACGGGGGUCCGAACACCCUCGCCAUCACACCCCCACGCAGGGAGCCCUCCCUGGAGGAGAUCCAGAGGAAGCUGGACGCCGCAGAGGAGAGGAGAAAGUGCCAGGAGGCUGAGCUGCUGAAGCACUUGGCAGAAAAGCGGGAACAUGAGCGCGAGGUGGCCCAGAAGGCCCUGGAGGAACACAACAGCUUCAUCCGGCUGGCCAAGGAGCGGCUGGAGCUGCGCAUGGAGCACAACAAGGAGAAACGGGAGGCACACCUGGCCGCCAUGCUGGAACGCCUGCAGGAGAAGGACAAGCACGCUGUGGAGGUGAGGAAAAACAGAGAGCACAAUGAGGAGACCGGGUAGAGAGGGAGAUGGAGAGAGAGCGUGGGGCCUCUGUUUUGUUGAGUGAGAAAAGGAGAGAAGAGAAAAUAGUUUCUUAAAAUGGAAAUGGGAUUUGUUUGACAGAUGAUAAUUCACAGUGAUGGAAUAGGAGGUGUGCAUACAAUCUUUUUGUGCUUUGUACAGCGCUAUGCACAAUUUAUAAACCACAUGAGUGAUAUUGGCACAUUUUGUAGGCUUGGCAUUUAUAAUAGACCAUGAACCCAGGACUCCCUGGAAAACAGUGGAAAUUGUAACUUGGUGGACUAUCCUGGCUAAAUAAAAUGAAUAUAAAAUACAAUUAAUACAUAAUUAUUUGCAAGAAAUGGAAAUAUAUUCUGGUCAAUAAAAUAACUGACACACAUACUUACAUUUAAAGCAUUCUACACAUCAUACUGGAUCUUACUUUUCACCAGUGUGUUGAUAUUUUGUACAGAUGUAGGAUCUUAAUUUGAUCACUCUUUUGUUGCUGAGAAUUUACAUUAAAAUAAGGGUUUUUAAGGAGAAUAUUCUCUCUCUGCAGUAGUGAAAGAUAUAGGCAUGGUAUGGAAUAAAUAUAUGAAUUAACUCAGCUGACUUGCAUAAUACAGUACUAGGAGCAGAAAAAUAAGUUAUUGCCUCU